UACAGACUCCGAGAAUCUCGGCGGCGCACGAAGGCGAAGCCUUCGGGGAUUGUGGUUGUAAGAUACACCGCCUGUGACCGACAUUGUAUUACGUGUCUCCAGGCCGUGAACCACCUUGCCCCAGUCCUCGAUUGAAAUCCGUCUAUACUGAGCGCUGAAGCAGGGAUAUAUACGCAUCAUUGAUGUCCUCCAGCUUCCCUCAGUGCUCACAUAAUGAGCGUUUCCUACGCUGCUUCCGAUGGCCCUACCCAGGAACGCUCUGCGACGCCAACAGAGAGCACUGAGACUUACUCCGAGGAAGCAGUAGUGGUGGAUUUUGGAUUCCUCCCCAUACCGGCUCGGUUGCGCUUCGAUCCUAAUCGUCCGGUUCGCGGGAGUCAUUUGCUAUUGAACGUGACAUUUGCUAUAUCUAGCACCUUUGUGAUCGCGAAUCUGUAUUAUUGCCAGCCUCUACUGAUCCAGCUUGCGGACUCGUUUCACGUCUCCUACGAUGAAGUAUCAAAUGUCCCAACCCUUGUACAGGUCGGAUACGCUGUAGGCAUUCUUCUCAUAUCUCCCUUAGGGGACUUGGUCCGACGACGCCCGCUUGUACUCGCCAUAGUCUUUGUCGCAGCCUCACUCAGCAUCGGCCUCGCGUUCACGAACAACCUACGGGUCUUCGAGGUCCUCAGCUUCCUCGUAGGCAUGUUCACGAUCGUGCCGCAAGUCCUUGUCGCACUUGCAGCUGAUCUCGCCCCACCUCACCGACGGGCCUCAGCUAUGUCGAUAGUCAUGUCGGGUCUGCUCUUCGGCGUCUUGACAGCACGGGUCCUUGCGGGCGUCGUAGCGGAAUAUGUCAGCUGGAGAGUUGUGUACUACAUUGCAUUUGCGUCUCAGUACGCGGUCGCCCUGUGGUUGUACCUCGUCGUCCCCGACUACCCUCCCAAAGAUAAAGAUACCACGUAUUGGAGAAUCCUGUGGACCAUGGCGAAGUUGGCCGUGACCGAGCCACUCAUUGUACAGGCCGUGCUGAUUUUGAUCCCGAAUGCUGCAGUAUAUGCCAACUUCUGGGUGACUCUGACAUUCCUGCUCGGCGGCCCUCCGUAUCAGUAUUCAACGCUUAUCAUUGGCCUUUUCGGGUUUGUAGGCAUGGUCGGCGUCACGAUGUCCAUUCCUGUUGGAAGGCUCAUCGACCGCCUGGUGCCUUGGCUUGCCGCCAUAGUGUCCAUCUUCCUCUAUGUGGUCGUCACUGCCAUCGGAGUCGGGGCUGACGGCAUCAAUAUCGCAUCCGUGGUCAUUGUGUGCAUCGGCGUCGACGUCCUCAGGCAGACAAUCCAGAUGACAUUGACGACGUGGAUCUUCGGCGUGCUCGACCCGAAGGCUAGGUCAAGGAUCUACGCUAUCAUCCUAUUUGCGCUCUUCCUUGGCCAAAUCAUGGGCACAUCCGUCGGCGCGCUGGUAUUCACGGAGUACGGCUGGCGCCCGUCAGCCGCGGUGUCUCUGGCAUGGAGUGGCUUCAUGAUCCUCAUCAUCUUCAUGCGUGGGCCACACGUACCUAGAUAUCGCUGGUUUGGCUACGCCGGCGGGCUAGUGCUGCGGAAAAGCAGAGUCGAUGGGUCAGACGUAGUCGAGCAGCCCGACACCGCCGUUGAAACUGAGGAAGCUCACACCGCGGAGACACGUGUUCGCAGAUCGAGCGUUGACAUGGAAGCAAAGGGCAAGCAGGGAGAUAUCGUCUACGAGGUCAAAGAGAAAGAACCUAGUGGAGGAGUUUCUAGAGGUUGAGACCCAUUGUCGAUGUAUCAUUGACAAUCUAGACGCAGCAUUCAUCAUAGAGGUUGUAGGUCGUAUCUUAUAACAUCAGUCAACUUUGGAUCGUCCACAUGUACUGGCAAUAUUUCAUUAGGAGCGAUAGUGUGAUUCCGAUGCAUUAAAUACCAUCACAGAACAAACGUACCCCAGGAGUAUCUGCAAGUAAUACGCACACCAGAAGACUCCAUUCCCCUCCACACAGAAAUGACACCGCGUUGCUCGGAGACCUAGCGUUCGGACAUCUGGGCGAGAUAGUCCGCGAACUAUGUUGCCACGAACAUCAGCCACUGUAUAGGAUAAA